AUUGUUCUGGAUAUACUAGAACCCAUAGGAUAGGAGUCUACAGAACAAGUGAAAUUUGGAGAAAAUGGCCUGUGAAUUUAAUUUGAACUUCCUUAAGGAAUUGGAACGAGAGGCUGUUUUGGAAGUCUUGUACCGUGAUGAGAUGGUGAGAAAAACAGAAGAGGAAAGAAUAAGGAAACUGAAACUGCAUCUACAGCAGCUUCGGUGGAAAGGGGCAAAAAAUGUAAGCCAUGAAUAUCAGGAGAGAUCUUGUGCUCGCUGUCAGAAACCUCUCGGGUUGUUGAUGAACAGAGGGGCAGUAUGCAAUGGCUGCAGUCAUCGAGUAUGCUCUGAAUGCCGUGUCUGCCUAAAUCCCUGCCUUUGGAAAUGCACCAUUUGUUAUGCUCAUGGAGAUGUUAAAGUAAAGGCUGGUGAAUGGUUCUUUGAGGAACGAGCAAAGAAAUAUCCAGGUGAAGGCAGACAUGAAACAGUUGGUGCAAAGCUCUUGAAAUCUUAUCAGAAACUGAGUAAAAUUUCUGUCGUACCUCCAACUCCACCUCCUUUCACAGAAUCAACAGCAGGAAUCAAUGUGAUGGUAAAUGAACUUGGAGAGUCUAAAAGGUUUAAUAAAUCUGUGGAAAACUUGUUUUUGUCUCUCACAACACAUAUAAAAAAAAUCUCAAAGUCUCAGAAUGAUAUGACUGACAGAUGUGUCCUAACCACAGACUUUGGGAAGAAUGUGGAAAGAAGGUGGCAAAGAAGGAGCCAGUCUGACACUGCCAUCAACAUUACAAGCAAGAUGAAAAGUACACCCAGUCUGCAACAGCUCAUCACUGGGGCCCAAAAUGACAGUGAAAUUUUGACAAAAAGUAGUUGCAAGGAGGAAGAAGACAUAACAACCAGUCCCACAAGCGAUACGGUUUUCUGUGAUGGCAGAAAACAUGGAAGUUUGUUUAGUCUUAACAGCACUUGCACUGAAUCUGGCAAUUUUGGCAAAGCUAAUGUCACAGGAGAAAUAGAGUUUGCCUUAAGAUACAUCUUCAAAGCUUACAUCUUGGAAAUUUGCAUCAAGGGAUGCAAGAACCUGGCUUACGGAGAAGAGAAGAAGAAAAAGUGUAACCCGUAUGUUAAGGUUUAUUUACUUCCUGAUAAAUCUCCUUGGAGCAAGCGAAAGACAGCUGUCAAAAAGAGCACAGUGGAUCCAGAGUUCAAUGAGACUUUGAAGUACAAGAUUGAAUACUCCCAGCUGCGAAGUCGGCAACUUCAGAUCUCUGUGUGGCAUGCGGGAGCACUCAAAUACAGGGUGUUUUUGGGGGAAGUAGUGAUUCCACUGGCAGCAUGGAAUUUUGAAGAGGACUCAAUGCAGUUAUUUGACUGGUAUCAACUCAAACCCAAGCUUGAAAAGCCUGAAGAUGAUCUUACCCAGUACAGCGGGGAACUCCUCUUGUCUGCAAGACUCUUGGUACCAGCCCAGUAUAAAAAUUUCCAUUUUGAAGGAAACAAAGACCAAGGAGUUCCCAACUGCCAGCUUCAGAUUAUGAUAUUUGGGGCUAAGAACUUGCCCAUGCUGAGACCUGCUGGAGUGUUGAACUCCUUUGUUAAAGGUUGUCUUAUCCUUCCAAACCAAGCAGAGGUAAGGCAAAAGUCUCCUGUCCUGAAGAAAGAAGCCUAUCCUCAGUGGAAACACUUGUUUGUCUUCGAUGGUGUGACCCCAGCUCAGCUACAGCAAUCAUGUCUACACUUGACUGUCUGGGACAAGUCAACUUUCAGCUCAAGUGAUCGAUUCCUAGGAGGAGCCAAGCUCGGUACAAAGGAACUGCUUGGCUCUACAGACCUUGUUUCUCAGUCAGUGCCCCAAUGGCGAGAAGUGCUCUGCAACCCAAACAUGUGGAUGGACUUUACACUUGUACUGCAUUCAAAUAAGGAAAACUUUAAAUCAUGAGAAAUUAUCACACAACUUUUCCUUCCCCAUUUGUGAUAUUUUAGACUUCCCCAGACUUCAGGUCUGGGGAAAGUAUGAUGCAAAUGAAUCCACUCUGGCUUUUGGGGAAUAGACUUAUGUAUUUGAAAGUGUGUGACAUUCUGAAUGUUUUAUUUCUUAAAAAGUAAAGGCUUUAACUUGUGUUUCUAGCUGGAGUAUAAGGUUAAUAUUGUUUCUUGAGGAGUUACAGUCUCAGUUUGAGAUGCAUUAUGUUGACAAAGCAACAGUAGCCAGAAAAUAUGCAGUUUUCCAUUUCUGGGCAUAGCCAAACUCUCAUUGUUUA